AUGUACUAUCUCAACACUCAAGUCCAAUUGCAUGUUGCAAAAAAAUUUAUACAUUCAAAGUCGGCAAAAGAGGCUUGGACAAUUUUAGUGAACUCAAAUCGAGGUGCUGCUAAUGUGAGAAAAAUCAAAUUGCAGGAACUUAGGAGACAAUUUGAGUUGGCCCAGAUGAAAUCCAUGGAGUCAAUUAAAGAUUUUAUUGGUACAAUUAAAGAAAUUGUCAAUGAUAUGGUGUCCAAUGGUGAGAAUUUGAAAGAGGUUAGAGUUGUUGAAAAAGUUCUGAGAUCUCUAACUGCCAAAUUUCACACCAAGAAGAUGGUCCUUGAAGCCACAAAGGACCUUGACAAUUUGUCACUGGUUGAAUUGGAAGGUGAAUUGCUGACAUAUGAGAUGUUCUUGAAUCAGCAGCCAUUGGAUACAGUAGAGGAGGUGAUACAAGCCAAGGUGGAUAACUUAAAAGGAAAAGAGGAGGUGAAUCAUAUGGAUACAAAUCAAAGGAACCAGAACCUUAGAGGUAGAGGAUGUGGAGGUAGAGGUAACUUUCAUGGUCAUGGAAGAGAGUUGCAUGCUAAAGUGGCUGAAAAUAGUAGUGAUAGAGAGGAGACCUUGUUGCUUUCUAGUUCUAUAGCUGGAGAGUCUAUGAAGAAUGAUUGGUUUAUUGAUUCUGGUUGUAGUAAUCAUAUGUAUGAUAAAAAGGAGAUGUUUUCUAACCUAGAUGAAUCUUUUCAUGCAUUUGUGAGAUUUGGAAACAAUGAAAAAGUGUCUGAUCUUAGAAAGGGAAAAAUCAGAAUUAUUUUGCAAGAUGGGUCUUCGAAUUUUAGUUUUGAUGUUUUGUAUGUGCCAAGUUUAUAUUAUAAUUUGUUGAGUUUGGGACAACUAUCUGAGAAAGGUUAUGAUCUGCAUUUUAAAUAUGGUAAAGGCACCAUAAGUGAUGAAAAAUUGGGAUUAAUUGCCAAGUCUAAACAAGAUCCUGAGACAUUGCUAAAGUACUCAUCCAUUUCUCCCAUUAUGGGACCGAGCGCUGAUAAGCAAGCAGUGGAGCAAGUUGUGCAGCCUCAUGGUGAUCCCUCACCUUCCACUAUUCAGGCUAAGACAUCCAGCCGACCACAGAGAGAACGUUGCAUGCCAGCCUGA